AUGGAAGACGACGUUCUAGACAGACUCGGAAAUGGCCAAGGACUUUCUAAAAUAAUUGAAGAUGUCUUCAAAAGACUCCUAGAUGACCCUAGAGUGAAAAACCGCUUCAGAGGCAGAGAUAUUGAGCAAAUUAAGCAAGGAUUUACUGAAUACUUGCAAUCAUUGUUCACAAAGAAUUCUAAUAUGUAUACAGGGCUUCCCUUGUCUGAAAUUUUCGCUGGCUUGGGGAUUACAAAACAUGAAGUUGAUGUAUUUUUCUAUCAUUUAGAAGAGGCCGCAUCUGAUGCAGCGGUUUCUCAUACUACUAUUCAGACUGUUUUAACUACUUUGUCAUCACUGAGGAGUGAAGUAGAAGGAAAAUAA